CCUCACAUCAUCCAUCAUCUUCUCUCUCCCGCAACAUCAACACCAGCACAGCCAGCUUCGAAAUGUCGAAUCCAAACGACCCUCCUCUCGACGAGAUCCAAUGGCGCUCCCCCCAGAUCGUAGCCCAGAUGGGCGGCCUCCACUCCAACACAAUCCUCUUCUACUUCGCCGAAUCGCCCUUCUUCGAGCGCACCUCCAACAACGCCGUCAUCAUGGCCCAGGCAAUGAACAACAUGGCCAUGUACCACUACAUCCAAACACGUGAGGCCUUUGAAACGCGUCUCAAAACAAUGUCGGGCUUGGAAUUCAUCGUGGGAGAGGAGCCUGCCGAGACGGGUCCUGGCAUGGGAACUGGCGUUUGGGUCAUUCGCAAGCAGACGAGGCGGAAGCGAUACCAAGACGACGACGAAAUCACGGUCCAUGCCUCGUUUUUUGUUGUAGGGGAGAAUAUUUACAUGGCUCCCACGUUGGCGGAUAUUCUGGCAGCCAGAAUUAUGACAAUAUCUUCGGCCAUUGCAAAAGCUUUACCAGCCGCCGAAGCAGCCCGCAAAUGGCGUCCAUCCACAGGCCACGUAUACCAUCUCCCCGCAAGCCAAUCUACCACCACCCCAGCCAAACCGCAAGAGGAGAAACCAGUGCUCGACGAAGCCGGCAAAUCAGCCCCUACAACAGCAACAAAGCACGACGCCCCUUCCAUGGACAGAGUCGCCGAGGAAUCAUUGCUGAUCCACCUACGAUAUGGAGGAGAAUACAUUGACGAGAUCCCCAUUACGGGAAAGCCUGGAGAAUUCCACCUCUCUUCUACAGGUCGGAAGCCGGUACUGCCUCCUCAGGGCGCUGCUGCCCCGACUGGAAUCAGUGCCAUGAGCGGACCUCCGAUGUUAAAUACCAAACUGGAUGAUAAAAAGGAUGGCAAGGCUGACAAGACACCGAAAUCGGCUACGAUGCCUAAGCUGAAGAGGAAGAAGAGCAAAAUGAGUCCUAGCGUGACUCCUGCGGCGACUCCUGCAGCAUCAUGAGAAGGUGUUGCUCUUUUUUUUUUUAAUGUGUGCAAAUUACCAAAAGCCUCUUGGCUAUAAAAGGAUAAAUGGCGGCGUUAUGGUAUUUUGUUUUUGAUACCCGGUUCGAGGUUGGGUCGAAAUUGUUCACAGGAAGAUAGAAAUGUAGCGUAGCAUCAUAUAAACGGA